AACGUGUUUUUGCCUCUUGAUUGUUUGCUUUGGCUAGGAGAGCAAGGACUCCUGCGCAGUUAUUCGUGCUCCGCAUAUCGCACGCGCACGCUGUGCGGUGCUGUUUGGCGCGUGAGAGACGCGCGCUGCCUGCUGCAGCAGCGGUACACCAAAGGCUAGGCUGCACGCCGUCGCCGUCGCCGCGCGCAGCCAAGCCGUCGACGCGCGCCGCGCGCAAAACGCACCACCAUCAUGAAUAACAUGGCCGCAGUACAAAAAUUGAACGAGCGCGAGCUCGAGCUAGGCAUCACGCCCGAGGCGUCCUGGCACGCGAAGUACAAGGACAGCGCGUGGGUCUACGUCGGAGGAUUGGCCACCGAGUUAAGUGAAGGAGACAUUAUUUGUGUUUUGUCGCAGUUCGGCGAGGUCGAGGACUUCAACUAUCCUCGAGAUAAAAAAACGGGCAAGCCCCGCGGCUGGUGCUGGUGCAAGUACGAAGACCAGCGCUCUACCAUUCUCGCCGUGGACAACCUGAACGGUGCGUCUCUCCUACGACGGACCCUGCGCGUGGACCACUGCGAGAAGUACAAGCUGCCGCCGGAAUUGAGGGACAAGGAAGAUGAACCUGAUACCUAUGGUCCCGCGGUGUCCAAGUUCGCGCCGGGCGCCGCGUACCGCGACAAGGACCUCGCGUCGUCGCAGACGCUGGAACGGGGCGUCGACGUCUUCGCGCCGGCUGCCGAUGAUUCUAAGCAGCGCGACGGCCACCGGCAGCUGUCCGCCGCGGACGCCGUGAAGCGCGAGGCCAAGAAGGCCAAGAAAGCCUCGAAGAAGGAGAAGAAACGCAAGCACGAGAAGAAGGACAAGAAGAGCAAGAAGAAGGCGAAGACUGAUGAUGAGGCGCCGCUGCUGAACUACCGGCGCGAGGCCCUCCCCGAGCCGGCCCAGGCACCGCUCGUCCCGCAAGGCCGCCAGGGCGAGGUCACGGCGCCGUCGUGGCGCGGCUCGCGGGAGCCGGGCGCGCCGGCGUCGUGGUCGCGGCGCGACGGUCCUAAAAAAAGAAGCGACGCGCCGCGGCGGACGUGGGACGAGGUCGAGCGGGACCGGAACAAGUCCUACGGGGGUAUGGGUCGAAGAAGGUAGAG